UGUUGGAGUCCAUGCAGCAUCCAGGAAUAAAGAGAAAGUGAGAAACUUACACCCGUUAUAAGCUCCACAAAGGAAACCCAGCCUUCCGUGAUGUGAAGAAUGACUAUGAAAGCUGUUUUUUUGCUUAUCAUUAGGACAAACUUAAAAAUGAAGAAUGCUGUACUGCUGAUUAUAAUAAGGAGCAAGAGAAAAUCAAAAAGUAAAGAGGAUCAACAAAAAUAGAAGCAGUCAUGUAAGAUAUCAAUGUGCUUGAGCGGUUAAAUAAUGUAAAACUAAAUAUUUCUUUGAGUGAGAAGUAUUGAUACAAGCUGAUUUUUUCAGAGUGACUAUCUUCCUUAAUCUACUGAAAAAUUGGAGAUGAUGAAAACAUAUGCUUAGAAUGAUUUUGUUAAAAUUCUAAUUUGAUCAACAGGAAAGCAUGUAUUUUGAUAUAAGGAAACCAAGAAGUUAAAUAACCGAGCUCAAAAUCAAAAUAACUCGUAAACGAUUUUUCAAUUUAU